CUUUGAAAUUAAAAAAAAAAAUCCCAUUUCUAGGGUUCAGCUUUCUUUCUUUCUUUAUUUCUUUCCCUGCUCUGCCAAUGGACCCUCGAGGCGGUGAACCCCUUCCCGACGCCGAAAUCAACGAUUUCAAUUCCUCUGACGACAGGUAUCACCCUCACACCGGCGAUGGCGCCAGCCCUGGCAAAAUUUUUGUAGGAGGUUUAGCGAGAGAGACAAGUUCUGCACAAUUUCUUGAGCAUUUUGGUAGAUAUGGUGAAAUUACGGAUUCUGUGAUAAUGAAGGACCGGAAAACGGGACAGCCUCGUGGGUUUGGGUUUGUAACUUAUGCAGAGCCUUCUGUGGUUGAUAAAGUCAUUGAGGACACUCGUAUUAUUAAUGGGAAACAAGUAGAGAUUAAGAGAACAAUACCAAAAGGAGCUGGCGGAAGUAAAGAUUUUAAGACCAGAAAGAUUUUUGUAGGUGGAAUUCCUUCAACUGUAUCUGAAGAUGAGUUCAAGGAUUUCUUUACACAAUAUGGAGAAGUCAGAGAACAGCAAAUCAUGCGAGAUCAUGCCACCAAUCGUUCUCGUGGUUUUGGGUUUAUCACUUUCAAAACAGAGCAAGCUGUUGAUGAUCUCUUGGAGAAGGGAAACAAGAUCGACUUUGUUGGUGCUCAGGUGGAGAUAAAAAGAGCGGAGCCAAAGAAAUCGAACCCUCCCCCACCUCCUUCUAAGCAAUACGAUGAUUCUAGGACUGCAUAUGGAGGUGGAUUCGGAGAUGGUUAUGGUAGAUACGGAGGUGGUGGAUUUGGUAGUGGUGGUUAUAAUAGAUCAAGUGGUGCUUAUGGGGGUCGAACUGGUGGUUAUGGGGCCGAUGGGGGAGGUGAUUUUGGUGGUUAUGGAGGUUACGUUGGUGCUGGCAGUGAUGGUAUAGGGCCUUACAGGGGAGAGCCGUCCCUUGGAUACUCGGGUUGUUAUGGAGGAAAUUUCAACAGAGGAUAUGACAUGGGAAGUGGCUAUGGAGGCCCUUGUGAGUUUUAUGGAGGCUAUGGUGCUGGAGCAGCUGGUGGUGGCUAUGGUUAUAGCUACGAUACUGGAGUUGGUGGUGGUGGUGCAGGUGGAAGUUCCUUCUACGGAAGUAGAGGGGGAUAUAGUGGUGCGGGUAGCGGUCGGUACCACCCGUAUGGAAGAUAAAAUCUCCGUUGAGAUAGAGGUUAAAGAAUGUUGUCUGAAUUUGUAUCAUUGUAGCUCUUUUGUGCUAUGUUGAUUGGUUCUUAGUUUAGUUUCUCUGUUCUUUUUCAGAAUUUGAGAUUUCAACGUUCAAGGAUUUGAUCAGCCACUUCACCCUUUUGUUUUAAUUAAAAGCUAAACUGUGAGGGCCAAGUGGUAUGAUUUUAUUGACACUAAAAUGCAAACUUUACCAAUAUAUAUACUGGGUUAGGAUUUUCUUAC